AUGACUUUUCGUAUAACUACUCAGACACGUUUAACUGAUGCAUGUUAUAGUCUUCGUUAUUCACCACAUCUUAUCAAUCAAUUAGCAAUAAUAUCAUGUGAAAAUUUUGGUAUUCGUGGGCGUAGUACAAUUCAUUUAAUAGGCAAUCAGAAUCAAAUAUCAUUUAACUGGUCUGAUGCAUUAUUUGAUGUAAGUUUUGUUGAAACUGAUCCAUCAUUAAUUGUUACUGGUAGCGGAGAUGGUUCAAUACUUAUAUGGAAAUUAAAUCAUACAAAUUCUUCACCAUUUGUAUCUUUACGAGAACAUAAUCGUGAAGUAUGGUGUGUUCAUUGGAGUGAAAGUCGAUCGAAUGAUGCUUUACUAAGUACAUCGGCUGAUGGCACGAUUAAAUUAUGGAAUUUUAAUAGUUCACCAAAUCUUCAAGCAACUCUAACGGGACAUGAAUCUAUCGUAUAUGAAGCUCGAUGGCAUCCACGUCAGUCAGGUCUUAUAGCUUCGGUUUCAGCUGAUUGUUCAUUACGAUUAUUUGAUAUAAAACAAUCAUCAAAUAUUAUUAGUCCUCGUGCUCAUCCUGCUGAAAUUCUUUCUGUUGAUUGGUCAAAAUAUGAUGAUCAUUUAUUAAUAACCGGUGCUUGUGAUAAUCGUAUUCGUUUAUGGGAUAUACGUAUGAUUACAAGUGCAAUAACUGUAUUCGAAGGACAUGAAGCUGCUAUUCGUCGUGUAAGAUUUGAUCCACAUCGACGAGAUCGUUUAGCAUCAACUGGUUAUGAUGGACAAUUGAAAAUAUGGCAAUUAACUUCUCCUAAUAGUAAUAUUAACAUACAUACAGAACGCAUCUGUAAAGAAUUUAUUUAUGGACUUGAUUGGAAUCUUUUCGAACGAGAUAAAUUAGCUGUAGGUGCUUGGGAUAAAAUCGUCCGCUUGUGUGAAUUUUUUUCAAUGUAA